ACCAGAGUGGCACGGUGAACUCGCCAUAAUCAAAGACACCUUUUCCGGGCGAGGAUCUCUGAAAUCACUCAGUGAGCAACCCUAAUUAACCUGAUUUUUUGCUGAUAAUCACUCUCAAUGGAAUCAAAUCAAAAAUCCGGGGAUGGAUUGAGCGGCACGCAGAAGGAAGCGGCUCUCCGCGCACUCAUCCAGCGCACAGGAUAUAGCUUGGUCCAGGAAAAUGGACAGAGGAAAUACGGCGGCCCUCCACCUGAUUGGGAUGCUGCACCUCCUGAAAGGGGCUGUGAAAUUUUUAUUGGAAAACUUCCCCGAGAUCUUUUUGAAGAUGAGCUUAUACCAUUAUGUGAAAAGAUCGGUAAAAUUUAUGAAAUGAGAAUGAUGAUGGAUUUUAAUGGCAACAAUAGAGGAUAUGCUUUUGUAACAUUCUCAAAUAAACAGGAAGCCAAGAAUGCAAUCAAGCAACUUAAUAAUUAUGAAAUUAGCUACGGUGGUGGUGAUAAAGGAAGAAAAGCAAAGCAAAAAGAGAAAUAUGAUCAAAAAUUUGGGAAGAGAAAGUUAUUGACCAAGAUCACGGUCCAGGGAAGAAUUCAGUUAUGGGGACAUCCUAUUGCAGUAGAUUGGGCAGAGCCAGAAGUAGAGGUGGAUGAAGACACUAUGUCUUCCGUGAAAAUCCUUUAUGUAAGAAACCUUAUGCUGUCCACAUCGGAAGAGAUGAUUGAGAAGGAAUUCAACAACAUUAAACCAGGUGCUGUGGAGAGGGUGAAGAAAAUCCGAGAUUAUGCGUUCGUGCACUUUAGUAACCGAGAAGAUGCAGUUAAGGCUAUGAAAGCUUUAAAUGGGAAGGUCGUGGAUGGCUCCCCCAUUGAAGUGACCCUAGCCAAACCAGUGGACAAAGACAGUUAUGUUAGGUACACCCGGGGCACAGGUGGAAGGAGCGCUGUGUUGCCAGGAGAAUACACCUACUCUUUGGGCCACGUUUAUGAUCCCACCACAACGUAUCUUGGAGCACCUGUCUUCUAUGCCCCCCAGGCCUAUACUACAGUUCCCGGCCUUCAUUUUCCAGCAACCAAAGGCUAUCUAGGCAAUAGGGCCAUUAUCCGGGCCCCUUCGAUUAGAGAAAUUUACAUGAAUGUACCUGUAGGGGCUGCGGGAGUCCGAGGCCUGGGCGGCCGUGGCUAUUUGGCAUACACAGGCCUGGGUCGUGGCUACCAGGUCAAAGGAGACAAGAGAGAAGAUAAGCUCUAUGACCUUUUGCCUGGGAUGGAGCUCACCCCAAUGAAUCCUGUCACUGUAAAGCCCCAAGGAAUGAAACUUGCUCCCCAGAUACUAGAAGAAAUUUGUCAGAAAAAUAAUUGGGGACAACCAGUGUACCAGCUGCACACUGCCAUUGGACAGGACCAAAGACAACUCUUCUUGUACAAAAUCACCAUUCCUGCUCUGGCCAGCCAGAACCCUGCAAUCCACCCUUUCACGCCUCCAAAGCUAAGUGCCUAUGUGGAUGAAGCCAAGACAUAUGCGGCAGAGCACACCUUGCAGGCCCUCGGUAUCCCCACUGAUGGAGCCGAAACAGCAGCGGCGGCAGCUGUUGCUUCUGCUGCUGCCUUUCCAGGAUACGCGGUCCCGAAUGCCGCCGCGCCUGUGUCUGCAGCGCAGCUCAAGCAUGCGGUGACCCUGGGACAAGACCUGGCAGCCUAUGCAACCUAUGAGGUCUACCCCACCUUCGCACUGGCUGCCCGAGGGGAUGGAUAUGGAACCUUCUGAAGAUGGCUUUUGACUGAGGACGGAGACCCACAGAACUCCCUGUGACAGAAAUGUACCUCUACGGCAGUCCCACGGUGAUGACAAAGUAGUGUUUUUCCUAAAGUCACGUCUCUCCCGAGACCAUAUUGCUGAUCCUAAUUGUAGACUCACAAUAUGAGAACAUUCUUCCUAAGUCACAUCAAAUGGAAGCUUCUUGUCUGACACCAAAAGCUAAAGAGCCACUGUCCUCACAAGCUGUUCUUCCAGGGUUCUUGGAUGCCCUGGGAUUAUGUUUGCAAAUCCUCAAUGACUGGGGAGGGACCUUUUAGCCAGCACGGGAUUAGGGCAGAUCAGUCCCUUGGCAGUCGUCACACCAAUGGGAGUCAAGUAAAUUCCAUGGUCUUAA